UAGCGCCAGGAGAAUAGGUGAAGACGGCGACCUUCGCGACCAGCUCAAUUCAAAGGCCGAUGACCUGCGAAUCCAACUAAACCGUUCGAAGAAGUCCGAUCUGCGACGACGUCUCGAGUCAAAAAAGAAAAAGCCCGCGGAAGCUCCUCAGUUCGAGAACACAACCGACGAUUUAAGGAAGCAACUCGAAUCAUUGCGAGCUACCCGCACGCCAAACAUUAGCGUCAUAAUGGGAGGAUCGCCUCCUUGCGGCGAUUCAGUUCGAGCCGUCAAAGACUAUAAGCGACAAGCCACCACUUCCAAGAAGUGGCCACUUCCAGUCGAAAAUGAUCACCAGAUCACUUUUUCGGCACUAGAUACCAAGGGUAUCCACAUGCCGCACAACGACCCCUCCUCGUCGAUCUCGACAUCGGAGAGUGCCUAGUCGC